CACACUGGACUACUUUUCCUCCUCGUUUUUGUCUUAUUUUGGACAUUCCGAUCACCUGAAACUCUAAAAAUAAGCGAAUAUGUCUGAUAACGAAGACAAUUUCGAUGAUGGAGACUUCGAUGACGUUGAAGAGGACGAGGGGUUGGAUGAUUUGGAAAACGCAGAAGAUGACGACCAGGAGAAUGUACAGAUCCUUCCGGCAGGGGAGGGGCAGCAGGCCAAUCAGAAAAGGAUCACCACUCCUUACAUGACUAAAUAUGAGAGAGCCCGAGUGUUAGGGACGCGAGCCCUGCAGAUAGCAAUGUGUGCUCCCGUGAUGGUGGAGUUAGAAGGUGAAACAGAUCCCCUCCAAAUCGCCAUGAAGGAGCUCAAGAGCAGGAAGAUUCCCAUCAUUAUUCGGCGGUACCUGCCUGACGGGAGCUAUGAAGACUGGGGCUGUGAUGAGCUGAUCAUCACUGAUUAAACACAGACACACUCAGACCUUCCACAGGACGGAACUCUGACUGCACCGGGUUCCGUUACACUCAACAUUCUAAUGACUCCCUCUCAGAAAGUUCCGGAAAUCCCUUUAUGACAUCACUGCCUAUGAGGAGUGCAAUCGAACUGUGCUGUAUAGAAGACCAUUAUUAAAUAUGAUUCUGUCUGGGUCGGUUCUGAGCCCUAAGCUGGCUCUCUUUCGUAUGCCGGUUCGUCCCAGUUGCAACCUGCGUCCACCAGACGAAUCGGGGCAGUAACGCUCUUUCUCAGAAAAACGAUGUAACUGUACACAUGCUUUUCUCAUUCGUAUGAA